AUGAAUUCGUCUUCUCGGGCUUCAAGAAUUUUACGCUCGUGCUUGGUGGAUGAAAAUAACACCGAUGCCUUAGAAACGCCUGUUGUCAGUUUACUGGAUAGUAAUGAAAUAAUUGAUGUUACAAGACCCAAUUAUGUUGAAGCUGAAAAUAGUGAAUCUGCUAAAUCCUCAUCUCUGGCAGAUAAUUCGCAACAGUAUACUAUGGAAACUAAUGAGAACACAGAAACAAAAUUCGUCUUAAGAAAUGUAAAAACUGAUGCAGUAUCUGAAGUUUCUGCUAAUGAGAAUUCAGAAUCCGUAUCAGAUAAAAGCGAUGCUUUAUUAAAUCUGAGCUAUGAUUCAAUAGACGAUCCUAACUUUUCUUUUGCCAAGUCAACCUCAAGUGAUGGGUCAUCAUCAGAUUCUGAACAAAAUAGGUCACUCAUUACGUCUGCUGAAAGUUCGCCUCCUAAACGUGGUAAAAAGAGAGCAAUUAGAAUCCCAGAAAGAAAAAAAGAGACAAUAAAGCGACUCAGAAAUGUGGGAAAGAAAUACCAAUUUGUUUUUAAGUCGUUGGAAAUAUUCACAGCCUGGGAAAUUCUAGCACCAUAUAGAGUCGAAAAAAGUGAGUUUGCAAACUAUUUCUUUAAGAAUACGUUAGAAAUCAAUGACAAACCAAUAAGAACAGUUCUGCAAAAAAAGGAAAAUGGAUUUCUUGAAUCAGAGAAGGGAGGAAAACUCACUAAUCAUUUCACAGUAGAACCUAUCAUAAAAGAAUCAGUAAGGAACCACAUCAACUCCAUACCGCGUAUGGAAAGCCAUUACCUUCGUGUCAAUACUUCCAGAGAGUAUAUAGAUGGUGAUAAAAGUUUAGCUGACUUACACAGAGACUAUGUUAAAUAA